AUGUCAGACUAUACAGACGUCCAGGACGACAUAUUUGACGCGAACUGGGAUGAGCUCAUGAAUCAAUGCUCGGCCGCCAUGCUUGCACUGUUUGUCUACGACUUCCUCAUCACCUUUGACGACGAAGUCAACUUGUUUUGGCUGCCUCGACGGCUCAACGGACCCUCGAUCCUGUUCCUACUGAACCGGUACCUCGCUCAGACUGUCCAGAUAUAUGGCUGGAUGCCAAUGCCCACAACAUCUGAGGGGUAUGAUCGCUUUGACUGGCCCUGA